AUGCCUAUUGUUUAAGUUGUUGUCGAUGCUGUAAAUUUAAAUCAUAAUAUUUUGAUUAGUUUUUCUUUGAAAAAUUCUCCUUACACAUCUAUCCAUAAAUAUGAUUCAUUUGCACCUUUAAGAGAGAAUGCUUCUUGCCUUUUCUUUGCUGAUGGGGAAAAUUAUUUUGAAAAACUAUACGAAAAAAUCAAUUAAUCGUAAUAAAGUAUAUUUAUUACAGAUUGGUGGCUUUCUCCUUAACUUUAUUUAAUAAGACCAGUCGAAAAAAUAAAACGAAGAAAGUAGAAUAGAUAAAGUGUUAUUAAGAUUAGCUUAGAAAGGUGUAAAAAUAAGUAUUUUGGUUUAUAGAGAACCCAAAUAGCUUUAACUUUGAAUUCUGAAUAUACUAAGAAUUGGUUAUAAGGACUACAUUAUAAUAUCAAAGUAAUGCGUCAUCCUAAGAAUGUUAUACCAUUAUUAUGGUCUCACCAUGAAAAAAUGAUUGUCAUUGAUUAAAAAGUAGGUUUUUUAGGAGGAUUAGAUAUUUGCUAUGGAAGAUGGGAUAGUUAAAAACAUGUGCUUACAGAUGAAGACGGUAAAUUCUUUCCAGAUAUUGAUUAUUCCAAUUCAAGAAUAAAAGAUUUUGUUGAUGUUACGAAUUUUAAAUAUUCGUAGUUAAAUCGAAAAACUUAAAUUCGAAUGCCUUGGCAUGAUAUAGGAAUGAUGGUUGAAGGAGAACCUGUAAAAGAUAUGUGUAGGCAUUUCAUUUAAUAUUGGAAUUUCGCAAAAAUCGAUAUUUAUGAUAAAAAUGAUAAUAAUUUUUAAGCUAAUACUUUAGAACCAGUUAUUGAAAAUGAAGAUAAAAAAAAUUUUAAUAUAAGAUUGUAAAAUUAUUGGGACAAAAUUGUAACAGGAUUUAAUUCAUUGAAAAAUAAAAUAAAAAGAAAUACAAAAUCGAAUGAUGAUUUUAUAAUAAAUUAAAAUUCAAAAACAAAAGGAAGUAUUUAAUUAACUUUUUUACAAAAGUAAAGUUUGAAUUAAACUGAAAAUAGUGUUAUUAGUAAUAAUGAAGAUAAGUGUAAUUUUGACAUUUAUUUAAAGUUACUCAAAAAUUCUGAAAAGGAAAAAUAGCGAGAAAAAAUAGUUAAUGAAUACACAUAUAGAUAUUCUUAAGAAAAAGAUAGCAAUACAACAUUUUAAAGAACUAAGUCUUCUACUUGUGUACCUGCUCAAAAUCCGAUGUCUAAAUCAAGGAAAAAAUAUAGUUUUGAUAUGGAUACUGAAUCAAGUCAAUAAUAUAUUCAAAUGUUGGAAAACUUAUAACAAACAAAUUUAUAGGAAGAUUGUAAAUAUUACAUUAAAAAUCCUAAUAACGAAUAAGACAAUAAUCAUACUAGUUAAAAUUAAUAAAAAAAGCAUUAUUCAUUUUUCAAAAUAAAAAAAAACAAUUAAGUACAAGAUGAAAACCACGUUAAUUAAUAAUUUGAUACAAAUGAAUAAUUUUAUAAUAUUAAAUUAUAAAAUAAUACAUACGAAAAAACUGGAACAUUUACAUGUUAAAUGUUACGUUCAAGCUCUUCAUGGUCAUUAGGUUUGAAAGAAAAAAACCAUGAAAUGUCUAUUUAAUUGGCAUAUAUUGAUGCUAUAACUUAAGCUAAUAAAUACAUUUAUAUUGAAAAUUAAUUCUUUAUUUCAUGUACUGCAGGACCUAAAGUAAAAAACUAAAUAGCUUAAGCUAUUUUAAAUCGAAUAAAAAAAGCUGCACUUAACAAAGAAGCAUUUAAAGUGAUUAUUAUUAUGCCUUUAUUGCCUGGGUUUGAAGGAGAAGUCAAUGAUAGUAAUUCUGGAGUAAUGAAAUGCUAAUUACACUGGGAAUACACUACUAUUUCUAGAGGAGGAAAUUCCCUUAUUGAGGAAUUAAGAAAAGAUCCUAAUAUAGUAAAUGUAGAAUAAUAUAUUAUGUUAUUUGGAUUGAGAUAACAUGGUACUAUUAAUAAUUUACCAGUUACUGAAAUAAUUUAUGUGCAUAGUAAACUUAUGAUUGUUGAUGAUUCUAUUCUUAUUAUGGGAUCUGCUAAUAUUAAUGAUAGAAGUAUGUUAGGAACAAGAGAUUCUGAAAUAGCUAUGAAAGUUGAAGAUUAAAAUAAAAUAGAAUGCAUUUUUGGAGGACAAAAGAAAUUUUUAGGUAAAUCUAUUCAUGAGUUUAGAAAAAAGUUAUAUAUGGAACAUUUUGGAGUUUCAGAAAUUGAAUGUGAAGAUGCUUUAAACGAUUAAUUAAAUGAAAAUAUUUAUCAAAAUGCUUUAAGAAAUACUGAAAUAUAUAGAGAAGUAUUUGCUUGUUAUCCUGAUGAUACUGUUUUAAGUAUUAAUAAAUUAGAAGAAUUCUAAUAAAGUAAAAAUUUGGGAAAAUAUUUUGAAAAGAGAUCACAUAUUAUUGGAAACGCUGUUCUUCUUCCUUUGAAGUUCUUAUAAAAUGAAAAUUUAAACUUUAAAAUUUCGUAAAAAGAAUAUUAUGUUCCUGAUGAAAAUUUUACAUGA